AUGGAGACAAUUAGAAAAAUCUUGAUCGAAGAAAUGGUCUUCUAUUGUGUUGUUGCUAGCAUCAAUUUCGACAAACCCAAAAGGCUUCAAAACGAUUGUCUACUCCAGCAAAGAGGUGAAGAGGGGAGAAGUGUGACCUCGGCGAAAGUAGAAAAAAAAUAUGAACAAUUGGGUUUUUUAAAGGCAAGGUCUGAGUCCUUGGUCGAUGUCGAUUGUUGGAGUUGUGAAGUCCGGUUCUUGGGUAUGUUGAUGGAGAAAGCCAAUAGCGAAUGGGAAGGGAGAAGGCGACAAGGAGGGAAGAUGGAAGAGGGAAGAGUUUGGGUCUGUCGAUGGAGAGAAUGA